UGUGAGAAACAGCCAAGCGUGCAGGACACCUCAGAGAUGCCACUGUCUUUCACUCAACCAUGCUCCUCAGGGGCACUUCUGCUGCUGCUGGUGUCAAGCCUCCUUUUAUGGGAGAAUGUGGCCUGUGUACCUUUAAGCAGCAAUGUUACUGAUGAUGAUCCACUAUCCAUCAAAGGACUGUUUGAUCAUGCCAUGAUACUUUCUAAGAAUAUCAGUGACCUCAACAUGGAGGUGCGCAGGAUAUUUACCAUCAGUGAGAUGUCGGCAAAACUUUUAGAUAAAUUUCUAAGUUCAUCAUCAUCAUCAGACUCCUAUGAUCAAUUUAUGCUUGAAUUUCUUGGGCAUCAGGAGUUACUGACUAAGAAUCUCACCUACUGCCACAAAUAUUCCACCAAAACUCCAGAAGACAUGGAAGAAGCCCAAAAAGUUAUCUCUCUCCAAGACUAUCCAAUCUUGAUACUCAGUAGAAUUCAGGCUUGGAAUGAAACUCUUAAAAACCAAAUAAGCCUAUCUGAAAGUGCACAAGGAAUAGACGAUGAUAUCCUCCCUAUAUAUGAAAAUAUUGAGACAAAAAUUGCAGAACUUCUUGAGGACACCAAGAGUAUACUCAGCCAGGUUUAUGGAACAACAGAAAAUGUGGAUGAUUACACACUCUGGUCUGGUCUUGAAGACCUUCAAUCAUCUGACGAAGAAUCUCGAUUUUUGGCUCUUUGCAAAUUAUCCUAUUGUUUGCAUGUUGAUAUCCACACAGCUAAACUUUAUCUCGAGUUCUUGAGGUGUGUGGUGCUUGUUAACAGUGACAGUUGCUUAUCCUCCAAAACUGGAAAUGAUUCAUGAUGCUGUAUUAUUUUAAAAUAGUCUUAUUUUUAAUUCAUUGUAAAGAUGAGCAUGAGUAAAAUGGGUAUCUUUUAAAAGAAAAAUAAACAUUGUGUGUUUAACAAAGUUUUAAAAAUU